AAAUAAUAAAAAAAUAAAAAACUCAUAUUACAUUAUAAAAAAUAUUAAAAUGAAUAAAUAACUUUAAAUCGUUUUUCUAUGUUUGUCUAUAUUUUUAAUUUGUCAAGCUACAGAAACAUAAACAGAAACAGAAAGUUAAGAUUUACACAAAACAUUUGAAAAAGCCUUAGAAAAUAAUUAAAAUCCGUCUGUUGAAAAUUUAUUGCAAUUAAAAAAUCUCAAAGGAUAAGUAUAUUUAAUUGAUUAAAUAUAUUAAAGUAUAUUAGAAUUAAAAACUAAUGUUGAAAAUGAUAAAUAAGCUCUUAAAAUUAUGGUUAAUAAUGACAAUUAAAAAUCUUAAAGCAGUAUUGAAGAAAAAUCAGUAAAAUUGAGAAUAUUGAAUGGAUAACUUGUUGUUUUAUAAUAAAAAUUAAUAGCUUUAUAAGACGAAAGAUUAAAAAUAAGUAAUAUUUAUACUUAAGAUAAUUAAAAUUAUAUUGAAAGAAGAACUAAAUAAACUGAAUUAUAAAAUUAUAUUAAUGAAUUAAUUAUUUAAAUAAAUAACCUUAAAUUUGAAUAAAUUGCAUAAACUUUACUUUAAGAAAAUGUUUUUGCUGAAUUGAAAAACAAAGGAAAAGGAAACCCUAUUUUUGCAAUGGUUUAAUUAGCAAAAAUUUUCAAUGAGGGUGAUAGAGAAAAACUUUUUUAACACUUAAAUGCUCUUAAAAAUGCAGUCUAAGAAACAUUAAGACUUGAUUAAGAAAAAGAAAACUCGAAUUUAAGUCUUUAUUAAAAUCUAACUAACAGUUUAGAUAAUAUUCUUAUUCCUACUACUAUAAGACAAAUAAAAGAAAUCUAAGAUUUAAUUGUUAUACUAGAAGCAGAAAUAGCAAAGCUCAACGAAAGAAUAAAAAUAGUUAACAAAGAAUAAGAAUAUGCUGAUGGUUUAAGGGAUAGGGUACUUGGAAAUACUAAAUAAGCUCUUAGUCUAACUGAAACAAAUAAAGAAAAUUUAUCAAAAGCAGAGAUUAUAAUAACUAGAAAAUGA